AUGGUGCCGCCGCCACCGGCGAUGCAGCCGCCUCCGCCGAUCGAGGAGCCCGCAGCAAAGCGCCAGCGUGUCGACGGCGUCAUCCUCAUGCCCGAGAACGAGUUUGCCGAGGCAUACCCGGCGCCGAUUCGCCUCCACGUGCAAGUCGCGAAUGAGCCCGAGAACCCGAAUGGCUGGUCCCUCCACGGCCAAGUGCUCACGCUUGAGGUCGACAUUCGCGCCAGCGUGCGCGAGCUCAAGCAGUUUGUCUUUGAGCACACCAAGAUGCCAAUUGCCAAGCAGCAGGUCAAGGCGCCGAUCGUCGGCUUCCUCAAGGACUCGCUCAGCUUUGCCCACUACAACAUGUACACGGACCUCGUCCUCGAGCUCAGCGCGCGGCAGCGUGGCGGGCGUCGCUAA